AUGUCCACGCCCAACAACAAGGACAAGGUUGUUCUUGUUACCGGCAUCGAUGACUACAUCGCCACUCAUAUAGGCCUUCAGCUGCUCCAGAAGGGUUACACGGUCAGAGGCACGUCUCACUCGGCGUCCGCCAAAGACCAUCUUCUCGCCGAACCAUUCAAGGGCUAUGAUUUGCAGUAUCAACAUUUCGAAGUCAAGGACAUUGUUGUAAAAGGGGCGUUCGACGAAGCUGUCAGGGGCGCCCACGCCAUCAUCCACACCACCUCCCCUGUCGACUUCACACUCAAGACGGUAGACGAGUUCUUUGGUCGGGCAAUCGGCGGAAACUUAUCAAUUCUCGACUCUGCAAAAGAUGUCGCUGGAUCUCAACUGACGUCAUUUGUGGUGACAUCCUCCGCGGCCGCAAUAGUGGAUGAAUGGAGACAACCCCUCGACUACAACUAUUCCGAGGUGGACUGGAACGAGACCGGUGAGAAAGUAGCUCGGGAGACUUUCACAGCCCCGGUGGCCUACGGUGCGUCUAUGGCGGCCGCCGAGCGAGCACUUUGGAAUUGGGUCGAGGAGAACCACUCUCGUUUCGCUGUUGCUGCCAUAAAUCCCGCCGUCGUCACGGGACCUCCCAUCUCAUUCCCAGCCUCGCCUGAAAACCUCAAUGAGGCACUUCUUCCCGUCUGGCGAAUCUACAGCGGAGACAAGGAUCUACCGUCUCAGAUUGGCGGUGCCGGGUAUAUUGACGUACGCGAUGUGGCACGAAUGCACGUUUGGGCCAUGGAGCAUCCUGAGAAGAGCAAUGGCGAGCGCUACCUGCUCUCAAACGGCAAGGCUCCGCCUCAGGCGGCCGCAGAUCUGCUCCGCAAGACGUAUCCUGAGCGAGACAUUGUGGUGGGCCAUCCUGGUCGGGGAUACACGCCAGAUUACUGGUUUGUCAAGGGAGAGAGUAGCAUGGUGUCAUCCAAGGCAUACCAGGCUCUUGGGGUUCAAAGAUUCAUUAGCUACGACAAAUCGAUCUUGGAUACCGUGGAGGCAUUUGAGAGACAUUGGCCUGGGCUUGCGAAGAACUUGAAGCAGUAA